CUGUCGUUUAAAGUGGGUGGAGUUAAUUUGUCGGCUCUUCCCCCAAUUUAAUUAAUCAUCUUCCCAGAUCGAAAUUGGCGCCCCUUUCUCUCUCUAAAAAAAGUUCAACAAAAUUCGAAAAAAAAUACCCAAACAAUUCAGAAGAUUUCUUCCAAAUUCUCUGAUAAUUCAUAUAAUCAAUGGCAACUCGUCGUCGUACCUUGCUCAAAGUCAUCGUUCUUGGCGAUAGUGGCGUUGGGAAGACGUCAUUGAUGAAUCAAUAUGUACAUAAGAAAUUUAGUCAACAAUACAAGGCAACAAUUGGGGCGGAUUUUGUGACCAAAGAGCUCCAAAUUGAUGACAGACUUGUCACGCUACAAAUUUGGGAUACUGCUGGACAGGAGAGGUUCCAGAGCCUGGGCGUUGCAUUUUAUAGAGGGGCAGAUUGUUGUGUUCUUGUAUAUGAUGUUAAUGUGAUGAAAUCAUUCGAUACCCUUGAUAAUUGGCAUGACGAGUUCCUCAAACAGGCAAAUCCGCCAGAUCCAAAGGCGUUCCCAUUUAUUUUACUGGGAAACAAGAUUGACAUAGACGGUGGAAACAGUAGAGUGGUCUCUGAGAAAAAAGCAAAGGAUUGGUGUGCUACAAAGGGAAUACCUUAUUAUGAGACUUCAGCAAAAGAGGAUAUUAAUGUUGAUGCUGCUUUCCUUUGUAUUGCCAAAGCUGCAUUAGCCAAUGAGCGUGAGCAGGACAUAUAUUUCCAAGGCAUUCCUGAAGCAGUUCCUGAAACUGAACAAAGAGGUGGCUGUGCUUGCUGAUGAGCAGAAUCAAGAAGCCACAGCUGCCUGCAAAAUUCAUCAUUCUUUUUGACAAACCACAACCUUUUAUCUGUUGGGUUCUUGUACACUAAGUUGUGAUUCGCCUGUAAGAGAUGUUCAUUCUGUCAGCAUUUUGUUUUUUGUCAUCUUUUCCUGGGCCCAAUUUCAGUUUUGCAUGCAAUUAUUCUUAUUAGCCUCAGAGCCAGUGAUUUUGGCUGUGGUAUUCGGUUCUGGAGAGAAGUUUUUUUUAACAUACUAUGAUCUAUCCCCCUCCCCCCCCCAACAAGGUUUUUUGGGGGUUUUGUUGUGAAGUUACAGGGAACGCCGAGUUUCAGUUAUAUGUAUAUCCGUAUAUUGCUGUGAAGAUAUCAUAUUUUGUCCCUAAAAGAAUGUAUUCAUAUGUUGUUACUCUUUCGCUUGAACAAAUGUUGGGACAUGAAGAAAUGAAACUCACUUGCACAUUCAA